AUGUGGCGACGACCUCGAUACCCGACCCGGGAAAUGCGUUCAGGCUGGCUUCGCCACGGAUUCAGAAAGCCAUUUACGUUUUCUAGCAUUAUCGACCUGGCUCUUGUUCUGUGCUGCAUCUUACGCUCCUCUUUCGUUCAGCUUUUGGAGGCUGUUGGUGAAGACAAGCCCGCCAGGAGAGCAGAGCCCUCUGAGAGAAGCAACAUCCUCACCCCGGCCGAUGACCUUCAUUUACCAGUUGCUGUACCUGAAGUUCCCCCCUCACCAAGACAUGAGUUUCCUGCAGACUGGAGUAUUAAAACACGACUUCUAUUUACUUCUUCCCAACCUUUUACCUGGGCAGAACAUUUAAGAGCACAAGAGGAAGCUCAAGGAUUUGCUCAGCAUUGUAGAGCUACAGAAACAAACUUGCCACAGAGCGUACAGGAACCAAAACUGUCGACAGAACUGCGUUGUGCCUUUCAGCAAAGCCUUGUUUACUGGCUUCACCCUUCACUGCCAUGGCUGCAGCUAUUCCCUCGGAUUGGAGCAGACAGAAAAAUAGCUGGAAAGGCUAGUCCUUGGUCACAGGAUGAAGCCUUGCAACAAGUGCUAAUGAGUGACUGGUCUGUCAGCUUUACUUCCCUGUACAAUCUGCUCAAAGCCAAGCUGUGUCCCUACUUCUAUGUAUGUACCUACCAGUUUACUGUCCUGUUCCGUGCAGCUGGUCUUGUGGGAAGUGACGUUAUCACAGCUGUAAUUUCUCCCACAACUAGAGGUUUAAGGGAAGCCAUGAGAAAUGAAGGCAUAGAGUUUUCUUUACCUUUGGUAGAAGAAUGUAGAACCAGGAAACAGAAAAACUCUGAAGUGAAUUUGGAAACAGAAGUUGCUAACAGCCUCGAAGUGGGCGACAGCAUGGAAGACGGAGAGGAACCAGCGCUAAGCGAUGACGAUGAUGAAAGUUUCUCUUGGCUUGAGGAGAUGGGAGUCCAAGACAAGGUUAAGAAACCAGAUGCUAUUUCUAUUAAACUUCGUAAGGAGAAGCAUGAGGUGCAGAUGGAUCACAAACCUGAAUCCCUUGCAUUAGUGAAAGGAACAAACACAUUCACCUUGCUGAACUUCUUGAUAAACUGUAAGAGCCUAGUGGCUGCUGCAGGUCCACAAACAGGGCUUCCACCAACUUUGUUGUCCCCUGUUGCUUUCCGAGGUGGAACAAUGCAAACACUCAAAGCUCGAAGUAUAAAUGCCAAAGCCAGGGUUCACUUGGCGUAUGAGGAUAUAUUCAGUCUGGAGAUCAUAGGCCCCGUCAUGCCUCACUCCCUCCAUUCAUUGACCAUGUUGCUCAAGUCCGCACAGAGGGGAGCAUUCUCUGCUGUAUUGUAUACACAUGAGCCAACCGCUGUGUUUAACACUGGUCUUGACAACACAAGCCCUGCCUUAAAUAAGGAAACCAUACGCAAUGAUCUUCCUACAUGUGGACUGCAUCCUAAGACUUUGGAUCAACUGAGUCAGUGUCCAACACUGGGAAAAUCUUCCAUCCGAUUUCUGGAAAUGAAGGAUUAUGCUUAUACCUGGAAGUCCUAGGUAUGCUAGCUCCAUUUAAUGGAAGAGAAUGGUCUCUAGUGUGCAGCUGCUGUACUUCAUUUGGGUUCUAUGCAGUAGCACCUAUGCAGUACCAGGAGGGAUACAAUCUAGUUGCACAUCACAGACUACAACUAUUGCACAUCACCCAUCAUAAAACACUUCAAAGGACUUUUAAAGGAAAUGAAGGAGGUGGCCUUGGACAUCUCCUUUUGUAUUUUAGGAAGCCUUUUUUAAAUAAAACUUGACAAAACACCAUUAUCUGGUUUAUUGGUCUGACUUGCGUCCGGAAGGUCUGUAUUCUUCAUGCACAUGCAAAUUCUAUUCUGAAGUACAGAAUUUCUGCUGCUGCUCUGUGAGGUAACCUGUAACCAUUUUGGAUGGGUGCAGUUCUUGGCGAAACCCCUUCCAAGACUGCUUACAGCACCUUGCCAGAAGCUUGAUAGCUUCUUGUUGCUAUGUUGCACCGCUUAGUUUAGAGUCAGCUCUGAACUCCACAAAGAUAGAUGAAAGUCAGAUGGACACAAGCAUGGAGUUCUGCCUGCAGCCACAUUAGAUUAAAAGGUUGACUCCUUAGAACUGCUUGGCAUAGCUGCUAGAAUUCCUAUUCCCACUUAUGGUAAAAUGAGCUAGACUUUUAAGAAGCAAUUUGUACAAACAAUAACCUGCUGAAUCAGAACAAGUUGGAGCAAUAAAACAGUUGUGGCACCUGAUCAAAGAUAGAGAAAAUGAGAGGCAGCAGAGGGCUGCUGACCAGACUCUGGCUGUGCACAGCAAUAGCAGAAGCUAUUAGCAGGUUUCAUGCAGUCUGUCUCACUUCGGGUAGUCAAAGCUGUUAGUUUGGAGGCAUGUAUGUCACUUUUUACACAGCUAUUAGGUGAUCAGGUUACUGCAGCAGACACUACUAAAUAUGAAUAACAAGAUGUAGAAUACCGUCAUGCUUGUGCACUCCAGCAAGAUUUCUAAUUCAACUGGUAUUUUGCACAGAAAAUAAAGCAGUGGUCACGCCCUGUGGUCCACUACCCUCCAUCCUUACUACAGUGCCACUCUGCUCCCCACCUCAGAAUGUGCAAUUCUGAAACAGUAACCUUAGACUGUAGCCAGGUCUUACUUGAGGAAACAGCCUGUAAACUUAAAAAUGUGGGCACCUAAAGUUACCGCAGAUGGAGGCAUGAUGAAAGCUUCCGUUGCCUUUCAGUUACUUCAUAGCGACGCCACCAGAAGUAUCCUAUCCCAAGAAUACAGCACGUAUACACUUACACUGGAAUACUUCAUGUUUACAUUUGUUACUUUACAAGUAACUACCAUGACACUAGGUCAGCUGUACACUGAACAAGACAACAUCUAGAAAACCUAGAUCAAGGGAAAGUCCCUCUCUUAUGAUGGAAGAAGGCACCUUAGGAAUUAAAUACUUUUGAUAAUGUCAAAUACUCCGUUUCUGGUGGAGUUCAGGGUAGUACAAUCCGACUUUAAUUAAUCUCUAUGCUUCUCCCUAACUAAUCUAGAAGCAGGUUACAGAACUUUUCCCCUUUGAUUAGCAUCAGACAGCAAGAGUGAAAAGCCAGUGCUAAUGUCAUUGUGGGGAACACCAGAAGACUGGGUUUCUAGAGCAGCUGGUGUGUUAGCUACACUUUUGUUUCCAGUAACAUCUUAAGAGUUAACUCGGUGCCUUUUUUAUCUGGCUUGGCUGCCUCCAUCGUCAUAGCCUCCACUACUGGGCUUUGCAGUCUGCUGUCAACUGACCUUUAGCCCAGCGCUACAGGUCAGCAAGAGCAGUUCUCACAGCCGCCACAUUCAGGUGCACUGCAGAGAGUGACGCUUCCCCUGCUGUCACGCAGGCAAGCCCUUCUGAAAGCUGCUCAUGAGCUCAGAGCCCACCAGCUCUGAAACAGGCAGCAUCUCCAGAGCGUGUGCUUGAGGAACUGGCCUCCUUGCAGAGCAUGUUAGCACAUGCAACAGGUUACUGAAAGCAAUAGGAAAAGCAAUUCUGUAGCUGCCUCUAUGGGUAAGCACUUUUAAUCAAGCCAAUAACCACAUAGCAGAAUGGACUUAAGCCUAUCUGUUUCUAAGAAAUACAAUAAUUACUAUUAAUUUCAGCUCCAGUUUGUAUUUUCACAGCUAGCAUGUGAGAGUUACGAAGAGACACUAAUGCCAAUUAAUAGCUUGCAGUAAUUAAAAAAAAAUUAUCUAGAGUGGUGCAGUUUCAGAAAUUCACCACCAAAUUCUUUGUCACGUGCUUUGCACCAUCACUGGAGCUGUAGCUCCUCGUACGGUAAACUGCCUGUUGGUUUUUAAGUCAUAGCUUCGCCUGUAAUUUCAGAAUCAUAUUCCAGUUGCUUACAGCUCUGGGAUUCAGUGCUGUUCUUGAAGCAUACUUGGCUCCAGCGAACUUUCCCUACAAAAGUUACAGCAUUAUGCUCCCCAGUCUGCUGCUCUUCCCACCUAAAGGUAUUUUCAGCAAAUACUACCAUCAUUCCAGAUGCUUGUAGAGCACGAAGAUUUAUUUAUUUAACCUGUCCAAAUGGGUGACUUUUCAUCACAACUGUGAUUUGUUUGGAAGAGCUAGAGAGACUGUAGCAUUAAGACUUCAUAUAGUUUUUGCACUUUAAGAGGCAAUUUCAAAUUUUCCCAGGCAUAGGAAGUUCACCUUCCUGCUCCUCCAGCCCUAACUGUUUAAAAACUACUAAUGGGAAGACUGCCAAGAAAUCGUUCCGGUGGAAGCUGGCUACAAGUUUUUGGGCACCUGUUUCAAAAUCAUCCUCGCCACAGGGAAGUCAGAAGCACUUUCAGCGAGAUUACUUCUAGGAAAAUAAUUCUGCAGCAAAAGGAAAUCCAACAGCCAAAGAGAUCACGCCUUCCAUCAGAAGGAGUCACAGACUAUUCACCUUUAAGACAGCUGAAGUGCUGCAUAAAUAACCAGGUUCCAAGAGAGUGUUUCCUAGUUGUUCUUUUUAAUGUAUCACUACUUAAUCUAUUCCUGCAUGCAAAGGACACUCAAACCAAUUCAAAUUUACAAAUUUAACAUAAGCACAUCGCUGCACUAGCUUUAGAUUCAUGUAUCAUUCUAAACAACAAGGAAUGAAACUAAAAGAGAAACCUCAAAAUCAAGAAGUGUCAUAAUUAGGGCAUGACAGACCUUAAUUUUUUUAAGUCUUCCUUAAGACCAAAGGUUAAAUCCACAUACAGUACCACAUCUUUGAGGCAUGAAAUCCAGAACUUGCCUAAAUAGUUAUUUUGUAAAUGGAGUCUUCAAUGGGACUGAAUUCAUCUGCUCCUUGCUGCUGCAAGACAACAUGUAUCUUUACAUUAUACAUGGGGAAUAUAGACCAAAAAAAGAACAAAAUGACAAGUACAAGAGAUUGUAUGUUCCCAGAUUUGAUACUGUACAGCUGUGAAACCAGUGCUGACAUGGACACCAAAGACUAAACAGAACGAUCAACAUCUCUGAUGUUACACCUCUAUCAAACCAGACAUUUAAAUACAAGUCUGAUUAGGAGCUGCUCCUACAUCCCGAGUUAAUUACUUUAAGUCAUACAUCAAAAAGCCAGACUUUAGCUAAGACAGAUACAAUACCCAGUUCUCCCACAGUAGAUCUUUCCAUUGCUGUACCAUCAUGUUUACUUUUGGCCUUUUAUACACACCUUCCAACUAGUUCAGCAAAUGAGGCAAGGAGAUCUUCAAAUAUUUAGUCAAAGACUGAAGGCGAGAAGCCAAAGGGAAAAAAAGUUUAAUUAAAGACAACUACGUCCAUGAAAAUUAAGAUUAACUUAGGCAUUUCUAGAGCGCUUUGACAGACUAAUAAGGGGCUUUAUUUCUCUGAAGUAUGUGGUGGAGAACCAAAUACCAUUUCUCUGCUGUACACAACAUGAGACAUUGAUCCUUGUCCCUUUAGGGCAAAGACAGACACCUCGCUCCGUAACAGCUGACAGAAUACACACAAGUCACCUUAUUUUGUGGAAGAAGAGGUACUAGUAAUUCUUCACCUCCACGUUCCUACUACCAUUGCAAAGGUCACUCACUUUAGGCAAGCGCACAGCCUUACUGCGUACAAACUGUAUUUUAUUCCUGUCCCAGAUGAAGCUGUGGUCAGUAGAUGUAACACAAAGAGACCUCAGGAAGACUUUUCUGAAAUAAACACCUGAACUACUAGAUUCUGUAAAUCCUGGCAAUCUGCUUGUAACUCAAGAUAAAUCUGGCAAGAGGUAUACAAUGCCCUUUCCAAUUCAAAGUGCGCAUAGCUAAAAUACUAAUACUUCUUAAAUUAAAAAAAAAAAAAAAAA